CAUCCACGAUGCAGUUGUUGCUACUUGUAGCAGUAAUAACGGAAUUAUCAGCGGUUGUGACGGAAACAGAACAAUGGGAUCCAGCCGGCGACCAAACUUUACUUUUCAAGAACAAGACUAAUGGUCCCAUCGGAAUGUUAACUACAAGUGGUGGCGCUCCAGUUUCCUACGAGGAUGCUACGAACACGUUAAAUACUCCAUUGAUUCAUAAUGAAUUCUUUAUGGACACUAUAACUCAUAGAGUACGAGAAAAUAUUCCGCCUCGUCCCGUUCACGCUAAAGGCACUGGAGCUUUUGGGUAUUUUGAAGUAACACAUGAUAUCUCACAUGUUUGUAAGGCUGCUUUUCUAAAGAAAAUAGGAACAAAGACGCCAGUUGCAGUGAGAUUUUCAACGGGAGAAGGAGAAAGAGGAAGUUCCGAUUUAAACAGGGAUAGUCGAGGUUUUGCAGUGAAAUUUUAUACGGAAGAAGGCAAUCUCGAUUUGCUUGGAUUUCAUACACCUGUAUACCCUUACAAAGAUCCGCUUAAUGCUGGCACUCGGUGGCAUGGAACUAAAAGGAAUCCAGCGUCCAAUCUUUAUGACUUCAACACAUAUUGGGAUGUAGUGACUCUAAUCCCUGAGAUGAUAAACUUUUAUUUAUUACUGUACUCUGAUGGCGGUAUACCAGCCAGUUACAGAAAUAUGCCUGGCUAUCCAAUCCAUACGUAUCAGGUCGAAAAUGAAAAUGGGGAUGAACAUUUUGUCAGAUUUCAUAUCUUGCCAGAUGCUGGCAUUAAAAAUUUAAGAUCAGAGGAAGCUAGAAAUUUAAGUGCUAUAGAUCCUGAUUAUUUAAGAAGAGAUUUAUAUCGAGCGAUUGGGAAUGGUGAUUUCCCCAGUUGGACAGUAAGCGUGCAGAUUUUAAGCACAGCUGACGUGAAUAAAGUUGGAUCUCAGGUAUUUGAUGUUACAAGAACAAUUCCUUUAAAAGAGUUUCCCUUACAUCCAAUUGGUAAAAUAGUUGUAAAUAGAAACGCUAAGAACUUCUUUGCAGAAAUAGAACAGCUAGCUUUCUGUCCAGCUAAUUUAGUACCUGGGAUACUUGGUGCGCCUGAUAAAUUAUUUGAAGCGCGUCGAUUGGCCUACAGGGAUUCUCACCUGUACCGCUUGGGGGCGAAUGUCAAGAAAAUUCCUGUUAAUUGUCCAUUCCAAACAAAAACUUUUACGUAUCUCAGAGACGGAGUACCUCCAGUUGGGAAUAAUGAAGAAGAUGCUCCCAACUAUUAUCCUAAUUCGUUCAACGGACCUGUCCCCUACAUGCCAAAACAUAAGUCAGCUUUAAUUAAUAUUGUAGAAGGCAAGGCUGACAACUUUGAUCAAGCUGCAGAAUUUUAUGCAAACGAACUCACUAACGACGAACGAACUCGAUUAAUUGAAAAUUUAGUAUUACCUCUGCAGAAUGUUCAUAAAUUUAUUCAAGAGCGUGCUAUAAAUAUUUUUACAACGAUUCAUCCAGAUUUAGGAAAUCGUUUAGCACAGGCAUUAAAUAGUGCAUCGUAA